AUACCCAUACUCCAGGGAGCCCAACUCUUUGAUCAUUUCGAAAAAAUCUUACGUAUGUUGGACAAAUUCGAACACUGGACGUAUCGUAAAGGCGAGACUCACGAGUGAUACCGUUGUAGCUCCGAGACGGCGACUUUUCGUAAAUUUCAUUACUGUACCUCCCAUUUCUCGAUGUGCGUGAGAUGAUGGUUAGGCUAGUAUCUCAAACAUUCAGAUCAAUCAAACCCCAUACCACCGCCACCUCAAAAUUCGAGCCGCCGGUACCGUCAUCGCCCGAUAAAAUCGGACCGUCGAUACGAAAGCAAUCAUCGUGGUGUGUGUAUCUGAUACUCUCCACCAAUACUCCUAUCAAAACAUACGUCGGCGUCACCGCUGAUUUCUCGCGCCGCUUGAGGCAACAUAAUGGUGAACUUAAGGGCGGCGCAAAAGCAUCCCGAGCUGGAAGACCUUGGGUUUGUGCAUGCCUUAUUCAAGGAUUUAUGGAUAAGAGUAAAGCCUAUUCAUUUGAAUCGAAGUGGAAAAUAUGCUCAAGAAAGCUGCCCCGUAAAGAAAAACGACAGAGUCAAGACCAGCAUAUAGAGGAAGACCCAAUUCCUCUGUUAAGACACAGACAUGCAGCUCUAGAAAGAGUGAAAAGUUUAAUUGAUUGUAGUGACUUGGAAAUUAUUUGGAAACAGGACUUAUCUUAAUUUUGUUAUUAAUUAUAUGCUUGUUCGCGCCCUUUGAUGCAACAAGUGACUUGGUUAGUGCUGUUCGGCUGGUAAGUCAUUCGGCGGAGCCUAUAUUUAUUCGAAUGAUCUCAAAUGUUUGAUAGGGGGCCAGAUUGCACAAUGACCCAAACUUGGGCAAGAACAUAAGCCUCAGCUCCUCCUGUUAGUGUGUCACCCAUGUCGACCCCCCAGUAUUGCAAGCCUAAAGCUUUGGCUUAAUGUUCAUGUCUAAUCUAGGCCUUUGACCAAACUCCGCAGGAUUCCGUGGCCAUUUCAUUUGCUUUGCAGGUUCAGCCUUGAAGACUUGCUACUCCAACAUUAUUAACCAAGUAGAAAUUAGAUGGGAUGUACAUCUGUUGAAUAUUUAAAAUGCGAAUCAUGUUAUAGUGUAGUUUUCUUUGGUUAUCGAUCAGGGCCCAAAUGUCCAAUUUACUUUUGGAAUGGUGUAUGUCAAUUGUCAAGUGUAAACAUCUUGUGAUAGAUACUUUGUUGGUUGGUUGGUUGGUUGGUUGUAUAAACAAUAAAUGUUAUUUUCUCAAA